GCGGCGGCCGCGCUGCUAUGGGGGCCGCGGGCGGGCGGGACGGCUUCUACGUGGGGCUGGGGCUAGCCCUGGCCUCCAGCGUCUUCAUCGGCAGCAGCUUCAUCCUGAAGAAGAAGGGGCUGCUGCGCCUGUGCCGCCGCGGCCGCGCCAGGGCAGGGCAAGGAGGCCACGCAUACCUGAAAGAAUGGCUUUGGUGGGCAGGACUGCUGUGCAUGGGAGUUGGAGAAACAGCAAAUUUUGCUGCCUAUGCUUUUGCCCCUGCAAUGUUGGUAACUCCACUGGGUGCUCUAAGUGUCCUUGUAAGUGCAGUUCUGUCUUCCACCUUUCUGAAUGAGCAGUUGAAUGUUCAUGGGAAGAUUGGCUGCAUCCUUAGUAUGCUGGGCUCCACGGUGAUGGUGAUCCAUGCUCCACAGGAAGAAGAGGUUAACAGCCUGGAGUCAAUGGCAGAGAAGCUGAAAGAUCCAGGAUUCAUUGCAUUUGCUGUGUGUGUCCUGGUGAGCUCUCUUCUGCUCAUCUUCGUGGCCGGACCCCGUUACGGACAGAGCAACGUCCUGGUUUAUGUUUUGGUCUGCUCUGCCAUCGGCUCACUUUCUGUGUCCUGUGUCAAAGGCUUGGGGAUUGCCCUGAAAGAACUGUUUUCUGGGAAGCCAGUCCUGAAAAAACCACUGGGCUGGGUGCUUCUGGUGUGCCUGGUGGUCUGCAUCACCAUCCAGAUCAACUAUCUGAACAAAGCCUUGGACAUCUUCAACACCUCUUUGGUCACACCCAUUUACUAUGUGCUGUUCACCACAGCAGUCAUGAUGUGCUCUGCCAUCCUCUUCAAGGAGUGGCAACACAUGGUGCUGGAAAACAUCGUUGGCACUAUCAGUGGCUUCCUCACCAUCGUGGCUGGCAUCUUCCUCCUACAUGCCUUCAGGGAUGUGCCCUUCACCCUUGACCUCCUGCCCCUCUUCCUGCAGCAAGGCAGGGCAGACUUGCAGGCUUCAUGGAGGAGUGCAGACAGACAUCAGUCACAUCAGCACCAGCCUCUUCUGCCCUCAGAGGACAACGGCUGUCAGAGCACAGAGGAGGAAGAGGUGGAAGGUGAAAGUGUGUGAGGAAGCCUCUGAACUGGUAGCUUUCUGCUCCCACUUCUUGAGCAGCUCUCCUGCUACUGUUGCACUAGCAGGUGGCAGUUAGUGCCCACCUGCCUCAGGUGGGAGCUGAGUAACCUGCCACUGCCAGGAGGCUGGCAAAGACAGCAACCUCCUGGGGCCACAGACAGGUGCUCCAGGACCCAUCUAAUUCCUGAGAUCUGAUGCCUCUUCACUGUUGUUUUCCAGGAAGAACUGAUCCCCCCCUCAUUGGAAUACAAGCUUUAGCUGCACAGAGGCCUGCAGCACUAACACAGUUCUAACCCUUACUGCAUGUGAGGGCCAUCCAUUGGGGGAGGC